AGCUUGAGCUAGCUUAGUCAACUCAGAGUAGGUUGACUCGGAGUUAAAUAAACGGGUCAAUAAUGUGAUCCAACAUGGACACAUGCCAAAAAAAACGCUCCGCCUACUUCACGCCAUUGGAGCUGGAGAUUUUAACUGAGUCGUACAGCGCCUUUGAAGACAUCUUCCAAAGGAAAAGUAACAGUGUGUCGGCGGUGAAGGAGAGAGAAGCCGCAUGGAGGACCAUCGCGGACCGCGUCAAUGCCUGUAAUCUUUCCAGCGAAAAACGUACGUGGUCGCAGCUUAAAAUGAAGUAUAAGAACAUUAUUCAAACUGCCAACAGGAAAAAGGCAGAGGUGAGAAGAGCGAGUGGAGAGCCAGCACCGUCGCUGUCACCGGCACGUCCUCCAAAAGAAGAGGAAGAAGAGAUGGCCGUGAGUCAGGACACUGGAACCAUUGAAGGAAUCAAGGAACGUUGUCGGCCAGUACUGGAUGGACUACGUGGAGGGAUUUCAUCACAGCCACUCGCUCCUCAAGACACAAGUGCCUUUGUCAAAUAUUGUGAUGGUGUAAUCUGUCUUGUGGAGCCCAAUACUUUGACACCCCUCAUUGUAGCUGCUCACUAUGGAAGCACUAAAAGCGAGUGGUACAACAAAGAUGACGUCGUGAAGACGCUGUCGAUGUGGAGGAUCAUAAAUAAGGGCGCCCACAUCCUGAAGAGAUGGUCAGAGGUCAGCUUGAUGGUCUGUAAAACAUCAUCUAUGCAACAUUUUGACCAAAGAACCACCAUUACAUGUUAUGUAGACCACAAGGAAGUGUUUUCGAUGUAGAAAAAUAUCCUACCAUAUUUUUUUUAUUAUAAAUCGCUCCGGAGUAUAAAUCGCACCGGCCGAAAAUGCAUAAUAAAGAAGGAAAAAAAACAUAUAUACGGUAAGUCGCACUUGAGUAUAAGUCGCAUUUUUGGGGGAAAUUUAUUUGAUAAAAUCCAACAGCAAGAAUAGACAUUUGAAAGGCAAUUUAAAGUAAAUGAAGAAUAGUGAACAACAGGCUGAAUAAGUGUACGUUAUAUGAGGCAUAAAUAACCAACUGAGAACGUGCCUGGUAUGUUAACGUAGGGCUGGGCGAUAUGGCCUUUUUUUAAUAUCGCGAUAUUUUAAGGCCAUAUCGCGAUACACGAUGUAUAUCUCGAUAUUUUGCCUUAGCUUUGAAUGAACACUUGUUGCAUAUAAUCACAGCAGUAUGAUGAUUCUAUGUGUCUACAUUAAAACAUUCUUCUUCAUACUGCAUUAAUAUAUGCUACUUUAAAACUUUCAUGCAGAGAAGGAA